AUGGCAGCUCAGGUGGAGGUUCAGGCUGGGGAGGUGGGGAGGACAGGGGUGGGAGGACGACUUCACUUGAGUCCCCUCACUGACUCCAGCAACAAGACUCUCAUUGACAUUCCUCCCAUCAACCAGUCCCAUCUCAUCACUUCAGAGCCUAACAAACCCGCACCAGGCCCCAAGCCCAGGCUCAGCCCCAAACCUUUCUCAGUGGAGAGGAACCCCACCAUUAAACCGAUUCUCGCUCCGAAACCUCAACCAAAACCCCGACCGGAGUCCGCUCACCUUCCUGUGCAGAAACCAGAGUUCACAAGCAGUCCAAAACCACAACAACUAACUCCCACUGGCAAACCCACACCAGUGUCAACCAACCCCAACCGAUCUACCUCUACUGCUUUGAGAACUUCGAAACCAUUGAGCACUGGACAAACGACCAAGCCUGUAGUCCAUCCGUUCAAACCAGCCCCUCCUCUCGUCCCCGCAGACCCUAGUAAACCCUCUCCUCCUGUUCCAGUCUCAAGACCGAGACCUUCAGCUCCAAGCUUAGCCUAUCCCAAGAGCUUUAGAAAACUUCCGGCAGCAGAGUGGUCCGGAUCCACUAAAAAUGAAAACGAGAAGGAUCAGACUGGAUCCAGUAAAGGAGGUACCUCCAUUGCAAGAGCGAAGUCGAUGGGUUCUCUUGAUCUGCUUGGACAAGAGGAAGAAGAAAACGCUAAAUCUAAACCUGAGGCAGCAGUACAACUCCGACCCCAGCCUAGAGGCUCCAGGACCAGACCCGUAUCCGCCAUUUUCCUUGACAGUCCAAACAAGACAGAGGCACCGGUCCCUACCCCUCGAUGGACAGGUAGACGACCGCUGUCAGCUGAUCUAACAUCCAAAUUUGAAUCUAUCGGUCUGUCGCUUCAUCAUAGAUCUCCCAAGACGAACACUAAAGAAAACACUCCAGAGGAGAAAACGCUGCAACAGAAGAAAGAGACGGAGAAAACUCCUAAGAGCGCCCCACCACAGAGUCUCGAUGAAGCCAUGCCAGCUGUCCUGGACCAAAGCAACAAAAAGACAGAAGAAGUGACAGCGAAGGAACCGGAUGAGUCUAAGAAGGCGGUCAGCAUCAAGAAACGGAUCAGUCUCCUGCUCGAUUCGUCCUCCUCUCCUGUCGCCGGGACAACAGGCCAACAGGUGUCCGAAGUUCACACUCCAGUGCCGCCAGUGCCUGAGGCUGAACCAGCAGUGGGUGUUAAACAGCUGAUCAAGCAACUCACAGAGGACACAACACCAACACAGAGCCCUGUCCACAAACCUCCUGUGAAGCCCCGCCCCCUGCCCCUUGACUUGACUAAAAGGUAAGAGCUGCACCCAAGUCUCCGGCUCGCUUUUGUUUUGUCCCCCGUCUUUGUCCAGGUGUUCCAUUGUCAUGCAUGGCUUUUGUCUCAUUCGAUGUACGUCUCUCAGGUUUACAUCCGAGCGGUCGCCAGACCCUUGCAGUGAGGCGACAGAGCGCCAUGACAUCAGCAGAGAUCCUCAGACAAGGGUAAGAGGGGGAACUAAGCUUCAUGUGAACCAGUUUUCAUUAGUCUAUCUUUAACAGGCAAAGGAGGAAAAAAACAAGGAGAAAUUGUGUCGCAGCUUAGUACUUUCACAAGCUAUUCUCUAAACAGACCAUUGUGUGUUUCCUGUAAUCUCCUGCCAAAAUAAAACCGAGGGAUUUGGCAAAGAGAAGAAAAGACAAAAUUAAGAAAAUAACCGCUCAGAAAAAUAGAUUUUGACAAGACAGAGACGUAGUCUGCUACUGAGAGUAAAAUCAGACACAAAUGGGUCAAUUAUGACCUCAUCUGUAAGAGAAGACUAAGAGUGAGGACGCUCGGGUUUGACCCUUUUGUACCAACAUCACAAUUUCCCCAGUGGGGAUGUGACAUUAUAGCGAAAAGCAUUGUCGCUGUCACACACGUACAAACCUGUGAAACCCAAGGUCCAUUACUCUUCCCCGAUGGCUGUGAGUUAUGAAACACGCAGAGAGGAGAUCAGUGGGAAAAGGUCGACACAGAGAGGCUUUGAUUACCCACUCUGCACCACACCCUCUGUUGUGAGUCCAGCUGAGAACAAGGAGAUACCGUUUCCACUCUGACAGCUGUACACCCAAUCAUUUCAACUUCUUUGUGUGUCCCGUUCUGUCCUCUUCUGUUGUCAAACCAACUUUGAUUUGAUCUUUCGUCAUGUUUUAGAAGAUUUUAUAUCUUUGAUGUAGGGCUGCACGGUUAAUCGAUUUUAACUCGUAAUCGGAUUAUUUGAUUAUGACGAUGUUAAAAAAUUUGAAAUCGUCAAAUCAAUUUUCCUCUCUAUCAUGUCUCGUGCCUCCAGGCCACCCUAUGCUCCCCCUUCCUGCAAACAAACAUGGCGUUUGUAAAAGGGGGCCAUAAUUUCGUGGUUAAAUAGGACAAGAGUGAGUCAGUCGUGUGGAAUUGGUACGGCUUUGCAGUUUUUGACAAAGAGUAAACCACUCCCCAAUGCAAAGUCUGUCUGAAGGCGGUAUCAACCUGUCACCACGGAAACAAAGUUUUUUGUCAUGUUGGCGUUUCAGUGACUGUAAACAGUACUUUUUGAAAACGGGUCAGAGAGUGCAUAAAUCCGUAAACGACGACCAUUUCAUCUCCGUGUGGAUGUCUAUCUUUAUAGGCAUGCUUUCUACUCUUUCUCUGUCUUUUGUGCAUUUCCUGUGCAGUGUAACAGCGUGCGAAGUGGCUUGGCAUAUGCACUACAUCGUUUUCAGUGGUUUUGUUUUGAGAGAUGAUAGAAAAACUUUUUAUUCAAGUGAAGUUUGACGAAGUUGUCACUGAAUAAAAAAUCAAAAUUUGGUUUUUAUUUUUGGAUAAAAUCGUGCAGCCCUACUUUGAUUUUUAUCUUGAGAAUAAAAAGUUUCAGCUUGUUUGUAACUCUCGGUGUAUCUGUGAACUUUCUUAGACUGAAGAGACAGCUGUCACUCCCAGUGAGCAGAGGACCUUUGCGGAUUUAAAAGAUCCUCAUCAGCCGCUCAUAAAGGACUCCACGGAAGAAGGACCAGCUGUAGAACAGACCGUUGGAGCCGCUCUUAAGGACAGCGGGGAGGUACAGAAAGUGAGAGCAUCCCUGUUUGAGAAUGUGGUGGAGCGUCACAGCGUGAUGAUGGUGGAGGAGAACAAGGCCAAGGAUUCGCUCAACAGCCCGCUGCUAAGAAGAGAAAGUAGUGAUGAGGGAACUCUGGUCACCGCCGUCUACAAAGAGCCCGUUUCCCCGUCGAGUCCUCUGCGUGUGCUACAUUCCUUUGACACUGUGCAGGCGGUGGAUGAAAACAGGGCGGUGAGCGAGAGCGUCCCAUCUGCUCACAGAGAGGAUAAGGCCAUGACGCUGCGCUCCAGACGCUCAGAGGCGAGCAAGCCAACAGAAGAGAGGAACCCUGAACCAGCUUUGUCAGCGAUGCCAGAACAACAGCCGAGAUAUCUGAGAAUUGGCGCUUUGCCUAAAUGGAGCAUCACAGGUUUAGGACAAGAAGCAGGUAAAGAACCGCAGCAGGAAGGACAAGUGGCUUUGGAUACAGACACGAGGGAGGCGGAGCAAGGAGAAGUGGCCGCAGCGCCCAAACGUUUGAAAAUGCUGCCGGCGGACGAACAACACAAACCCAGAGCGACGUACUUCGCUUUGACCGGACAAGCACAGGAACCAGCUUCUCCAGGCUUCGACGUGAACAUGCCUUUUGAUGAUUUGUCUGCUGUGAGGUCUGCUCAAGGGAAGGUUCAACCAAUCAGGAGAAACCCGUCAUUAGACGAAGCCUGUGGGAAAAACUCUCAAGAUCAAGUAGAGCCGUCUACAGAAAGACUGAUGGCUGAAGAAAAGAUGGAAGUUGAAAAGAGGAGAGAACUAAUAAAAGAGGCAGAAAGAAAGAAGACCAAAUUGAAAGAGCUGGAGAGGGAAAAGCAAAGACAGCUCGAACUCGAGAAAGAAGCACAUAUAGAGUUCGAACGGAUGAAGGAGAGGGAGAGGCAGAGAGAGUUUGAGAGGCAAAGACAGAGAGCCUACGAGAAGGAGAAGCAGGAGUUUGAGGAGAAACAGCGUGCGCUGGAGAGACAGAAACAGAUCGAGCUCGAAAAACAGAAAAUACAAGAGCUGGAGAGAGAGAAGCAGGAGAGAGAACGACAACGUCAACUCGAGAAAGAGAAACAACGAGAACUGGAGAGGCAGAGAAAACUCGAGUUGGAGAAAAUGAGGGAGCAAGAAAAGGAGAGACAGCGUGAACAAGAGCGGCAGAGGAAACGGGAGGCGGAGAGGCAGAGAGAGCUCGACAGGGAAAGACAACUGAUGGAGAUGCAGAAGGAGAAACAGAGGAUGGAGGAGCUGGAGAGACUGAAAGAGAUAGAGAAACAACAGCUUCUUGAGUUUCAGAAACAAAAGCAGAAAGAAAAGGAGAGGCAGCAGAUCAUCGAGAUGGAGAAGCAGAGACUCAGAGAGAAAAUGGAGAGAGAAGAGGCCGAGAAGGUCAAACAGAUGGCGCUGGAACAGGAAAUGCUAAGACUGAGAGAGCUUGAGAAAGAAAGGGAAAGACAACGGGAGAUGGAGAGGGAGAUGGAGAGGGAAAAGCAGAGAGAGCUGGAGAGACAGAGACAAAGAGAGCUGGACAAGGAGAGACAGAGACAGCUCGAUAUCGAGAGACAGGAACUAGAAAACCAGAGGCAGAGACAACGAGAACAAGAGAAGGAAAGGCUGAGGAAGGAGGAGAUAGAGAGAGUGAAGGAGAUAGAGAGGAGACAGCUCCUGGAGUUUGAGAAGCAGAAACAAGCAGAGAGGGAGAGACAGCAGAUCAUGGAGAUGGAGAAACGCCGACUGAGAGAAAAGAUGGAAAGAGAGGAGGCGGACAAGAUGAGACUGAUCGCCAAACAGCAAGAAGCAGAAAGGCAGAGACUGAAGGAGAAACAGAAGAAGGAGGAACAGGAGAGAGCGAGGUUAGAGGCAGCAGCUCUCAGACCAAAGGUUGUGGAUCUGGACUCUGUACUGCGGCUUGACCCCUUUCCCAAGACUCCCACUCAGCGUAGUGAUCCUGCUACAAGAUGGAAAGAGCCCUCUCUGAAAGCAGAAGAGUCCUACAAACCCGCCAUUCUUGACAUCGACUCGUUCACAUCUCAAGCUCAGCUCCCACCCACUAAAGACUUGUUUCCUGUUUCUGGUAUCCAGAGCGCCGACGCCGUGUUUGGAGCUCGAGUGCAGCCUUCUCCUGAGAGAGACAUCAGCUGGAAGGUGCCGACACAGCCUGCAGCUGGUCUGACAAGCCCGGUGUGGACGACGGGCCCCCAGGACCCGUGGGAGCUCCGGCCUGUUGAGAUGUCUGUGGACAGUCCCACAGCCGAUCCAAGAAAAACCGCCAGUAAAACAGGCGCAGAGCAGGUCCUCAACAGGCUCCAGGAAAGCAGGAAGAACUGGUCUGUUGGACAUGACGAGCAGCUUCAUUUGAAACCUUUGGCCGGGACAGAGGCCGAAACAGGAGGCUCUGCAGGUGGAGUCUCCAGCAGCACGACUGUGGAGCAGUUAUGGCUGCCCAGGGAGCCACAUCCUCCAGACAGCAGGCCAGAGGGCCGCAGCCACAGGAGAUCACAUGGAGCUCAGGUGAGUCAGUAAGACACCGUUGGUAAGACAACCACAACCCCAAAGGAGUGAGAGACUGUGUGAAAUGUUGAUAAAAUCAGAAUCUGAGGGUCUGCAAAUCAUUUUUACCCUUUAUUCAAAUGAAACUAACAAACGCUAGUUUUGAUUUUGAUGUCAGCAGAGGCAAGUCCACCAUCGUCCUACAUCAUCUCUUUUUUUAACAAACACAUUUAGGAACCAAGUAGACCAGUAUCAGGGCCAAACGCACCAGCUGGGUGCACACCUGGGUGUAGGACUGGGCAAUAAACUAAAAAAAUAACCGAUACCGAAAUUUACGAGAAUAACCAAAGUUAUUUUGCCCAUUUGUACAUUCAGUGUCAAAAAAUAGAUGAAUAGAAGUUGUUUUUGGAUGUGUGUAGGUAGGCUAUGGUCUCAUGUCCCUUUAAGACGCUGUCCUACGUCAGAGACGUGACUCCACCCCAUCCAGUCUGUAACAAAGAGGGAAAGACAGGUGAGGAGAUGGAGGACGGUUCAAAAGUUGUAGAUGAAGUUAAUGUGUGAGGGGGUGAGCAGCUUGUGGAGUAGUUAUCGUCUAUUUAUCGUUAUCGAGGUGAACUGAUCAAUAUAUCGUGAUAUUGAUUUGAGGACCUAUCGCCCAGCCCUCCCUGGGUGUAACCUCCUGUCCACCAUAGAGCUGAAAGUGAAGUCCUGUGCACCAGUCAGACCAAAGUCCUGUUUGUCUUACACCUGGGUGUGACUCUCAUGUCUCGGACAGAGCAGACAGGUCAGGCCAGACGCCCUUUUCAAGGUCAUACAGAUAUAAUAAAGUUCAUUAUUUCACUGUUUGUUUACGUUUUUAAAAGGCUGUGCCCUCCAUAGAUCAACCUUGUGCUGGUGUUUUUAUUGAGAGGAGACUGGAUAGAAGUUUGUGACUGAUCUGCGGAUGUUGGCUCAAAUGCCUCUGAUAAGAUAAAACCGGAUACAUCUAUGACCGGUCUUAAUUAGGGUUGGUGCUCAUCAUGGUGUGCGUUAAGGUCAGAGAGUCAGUAAUAGCUAAGUCUGAUGUAAGAGUCUGCUGUGAUCGGCCUAGAGCUGGAGAAAAAUAUUACCCUCUGCACUAGAUGCUGCACCUGAACUCUUCUGGUAUAGAGCUGUACUGUUGUAGAUGCUGCAGAAUGUGGUUUGACAUUGUCUCGCUCAGAUAUGCAAGACCCCCUACACUUCCACAUCUGUGUCAUGUUUGCUUUUGGUUUUUGUCUUUGCACGGUAGAUUUCAAACUGUAUUUGGGGAUGUAGAGACAAACCGUUCACAGACUGUGUGUUUUUGAGCCCAUGCAGUGAUUUUUACUACUGAGUCAUGUCUGAUUUCAAUGUUUUGCUGCCUCAGAGCUCUCGAGAUAUCAUAUCUUUUAUGAUAUGUUGUUCUGGAGAAGAUGAAAUCCUCAAGCUCUGUACAGUUUUCUACUAAGAAGCAUUAUUCUAAAACUGUUGAAACUGAAUCAUUAAAACUUGUUGAGCAGGUUCUCACAGGGAGGUGAACCUCUUCCUAUUUUCCCUCUGAGAGACUCGGCCAUUUUUUCACUAGGUCAAGUUAUUAUUAGUCAGCGGCAAAUGAAUUAACCAUGUCAAACGGGUGAUGUCCCUCUGAUUGUUAUAUGUUUUUAGCAUCACACAGCUUAUUCAGUGUUUUGUUGCUUCGAUCCCAAUCGUCUUGAAAUGAGCACCAACAACAACUAUUGACAACUCCGACAGUGAGUGUAAAAAACAAUAAUCAUCUGAGUUUUACAAAAAUAAAAAUACAGGAGAUGUGUAAAAGUUGAAUUUAUGGUAGAGCUGUUGGAUUGGGCUGCGAUGGAUUCCCUGGGUGUUCAUGAUAUUAGGAUUAAUCUGUGUAUACAUCACAAGUGUUUUUAAACGUAAAGUAACUAGGGCUGAAAAGUCCUAGUUGACUUAUUGGUCGAUACGUGCUGAGUCAACCAAAAUUCUCAUUGGUCGGCUCGUUUUUUUUUCCGCACCAAUUUACAGUCUAUGGUUGAUUCAUCAGGAGAAAUGUACCAAGUGCUUAUGGGGUUGUUUUCCGAGCACCCCAGUUUCACAGGUGACAGCCUGUUUCAGAACACCCCCCUGGUUUUCACCAUUUUGGAUUAGCCCAACCCACUGGAGACCGGCUAGAGACAAGUAGAUUGAAGAGCGUCCACAUUCAUCAAUGUCCGGUGGGCAAUAUUUUUUUCGUAAGAUGGCAGGGGAAGGUUCCGCCUCCAGCUAGAAAAGCUGGGCUCCGAUUGGUUAUUCCAUAUGGCUGUGAAACAUCAUCACACACUCAAGCCGAGCGUGGGCUGUCGGCUCUGCACAUCAAACAGAACAUUAUCGCAAUUCUGAAUCUCCUAACUCCAACCGGCAGAAUGGUUUGCCAUCAGAAAAAUUCCCCCGAUUAGUUGAUUUUUGGUUGAAAAAGUCAGGGUUUUCAGCCCUGGAAGUAACAUAUGUCCCCAUGUUAAAAGGUGGAGGGUUGAACCAUCAUAAAGGAGAGUAAAAGAGAGUUUUAAAACUGUAGAUUUUGGUACAAUAGGAGCAUUUUAAGCAACUAAGUCUUGUGUCUGGAACGUUGGAUUGACCCAAAUAUAAGAAGUAUGGGAUUGGCUUAUAUAUUCAGGGUUUAACAAUAAAAUGUCAAUAUUAGUUAUAACAGUAGACAGCGUCACUUAUCUAUGAAUCAUGUGUACCCUUCAUGAACAGUAUAUUUACUAGAAUGAAUGAAUUAGAAAUUCAGUCUGUCAAAUAAAAUACAUUUUUCUGUUUGAGUUAGUGGCACUGCUGGCUUCUAAGUGUUGUUCGACAUAUUUAACUGUAAGUCUAGCUCUCAGUUAGACUGAGUAUGAAUACUUGUUGGAACAUAAACAAAAGAAGCUGUAAAUCUGCAGCUAAAUGCAGCUGAAUCCAACAUGGUGGUGGACAGCGGUUAGGAGAGAUCUGUGUUUUGUGGUGCAGACUGUGGAGUUGACUGUGAUUCCUUGUUUGUUAUUAGGAGCUGAACAGGAUGCGGUCUCGCAGCAUGUCUCGGCGAUCGGCCCCUUCCAGCAGCGCUUUGGAGGGGAGUCUGUCCAGGAUGAGGAGUCGCAGCGCCCACAGGGAGCAGGACCGCUCCAGCUGGGUGAGUGAGGCCUCAGCGUGAACUCUACUAUACCAACAGUUGGUUCCAGGAAAGACUUAAUAAGAUUUCAAACUGCCUCCUGAAUAUUUGCCCCAGUUUGAUAUUCAGCUGUGAGUGUUGUAACGCACUCUUUGUUUUCAUUUGAGCCGUUUCUCACACUGCUUUGUGGAAACAGGGAGGGAAUCUGUGUCUCUGUCAUUAUACGUGUGUGUCUUUGCUGAGCGUCUCAUGUUUUUAGAGAGACAGUAGUUAGACGAGGUGGAAUGCAGUUAGUUGACUGAGCGUUGACAGCUCACUGCUGCUGUGCUGAAGUUGUUAAGAGUCGGUGACUAAUGUUGAUGGCAUGGCUCCCUAAACUCACCUCCGCCCAUUUCACGUCACGAUCUAAAUAAGUGGCCACCAAACAACCCUCUCAGGCCUGUAAUUCAGGAUUGGAUUAGGCGAUUGGUUAACGAGUUUGUCUUUUCACUACUUACCUCACAGCAUGACCCUGGAAAAGCUGUGGAGGGACCUCUUUUAGGUUUUUUUGGUUGUGUAGACUGAAUAUUCUUUUCUUAUUUGCAGCUGCACACAAACAUGAACAUACACUCUUCCUCUGUGCCGAUCAGACCAAUCAGGUGGAGUUCUCUUUGUCACAGAGGCUCAGGUUGACACCCUACACUAAGAACACAAAAGCUCAGUAUGCUGUUUCAUAAUUGCAAAGCUCUCGCUGUGAUAGAGCCCAGAUUAAGUAACCGUCGGUCCCAGAUCACUACCACCACCUAGUGGCUGUGUUUCAGUAUGUGAAGGUCUCACUUCCCUGUGUCUGAGUGUUUCCUGGUUGCUUUGUCAGCAGUGUUGUUGUUGUUGUUUUUGCACUUUUAAUAAUAAUGGAGCACCACUCAUUAUCCUUCAGUCUAAGAGUCUUGGUCUGAUAGUGAAAACAUUGUGAUCAAGCGUCUGAGUUGUUUUUAAAUAGUCACACUAAAGACUCAAAUACUGAUGCUUCUAUUGAACCCAUAAAGGUAACAACAUUUGUGACGAGACUGACUGUUUCUUUCUAGAAGUUUGCCUGAGAAAUCCACCACUUGGUAUGUGUCAGAAGAGUUAGUUUACAAGUGUUUGGUUACAUUUUCUACAGUAGGGAUCCUCAGUCAGUGAUAUAUUAGACUUCUGAAAGAAACUAGGGUGAGAGGACACAGGUGAAGCCCAAAGGUUAGAACAGAGGCUGUAGUUCUUGAAGGUUCAGUUCCAUCCUGCACCCCUUUCUCUCAGUUCCUGACUGAUGAUCAUUACAGACUCUGUUAGUACCAACCAGAAAACACAGUUGGCAGGAAUGCGACACCUGUAUAAGCUGCAAUAAUAAGUUUUUCCUCACAGUGCACACACUGCAUACAUUUUUGGAUGGAGAAAUGUAAAUAAUAUAAACAUACAUGACAUUGCACUGGUCCCAAACAACGCAGGUGCAAUGAUUGUGCAUGAUGAAAGUCUCAAAAUGCCACGAGAGUUGGAACACGAGGGCUUUUCAUUCAGUGUGACACUCUGAUGUAACUACAGGAGCACUUAACAUGACCUGCAGUUCACUCCAGUAGAUCAGUGACUGUCACGCACACACACAGGAGGACGACUACAAGUCCUAAUUUGAGCCGAUUAAUCUACCUGUGUUAGUUUGUUAGUUUUUUGUUAAUUUUUGUAAAAAAAUAUUGCAAUAGUUAUUGAUAAAGAAGAUUAUCUUUAGUUGAAUGAGAUAUUAGUUUUUAAAAGCCUUAUGUUAAAGGAAAGCUGCAUGGAGAAGUGCGUUAUGAUCCGCUGUGCCAUGAAAUGUUUGGAAGCAAAGAGUGGUCUUUUAUUUUGCUUGUAUUAUAUUUAUGUCUAUUCAGAGUGAUAUAUGUGAUCUUUUAUAUAAAGAAGUAUUUCACAUUUUUUAUCAAAAACAAAAUCAGGACAAAAUAAAAUCAGCAGAGAAGUCAAAAGUUUGGGUUUGUCCACUGGGAAAAUGUCAAAAAUUCCCUGCAGGAGCUUUAAAUUUUUUAAAUAUGAGGUUAAAAUCAUUUUAAUCACCAUUUCAAAGCAUGUUGAGAUUAAUGUGAACUUGUCAGAUUUCUAAAAGUCUGAACAACAUAACACUUAAAUAAAGGUGUACGGUUAUUUUUAGGUUUUAAUAUCUAGUCCAAAGUUUUAAAGAUAGACACUUCCAACCUUAAUCCCAGAAAACACGUGAUGUCUAAAUCUGGUUUAGAAUUUAACUUUGUCCUUUGCAGGGAUUACAAAUCUUGUGUGAAGCCAAUAUCCAUGAGUGUGAGCAGGUAUCGGUUAUUAUUCCUCACCUCGUGUUGAUUUUUUAUUACUGGAAGAGUCUCGGCAGUUUCUCAGAUGAGAUCAUAGUCGGGUUGUGAGAGUCUGAGGCUCGAGAGAGGAGCAGAGCAGAGAUGGGCAGCGUUCUGAGAGCUGUGCUCUACUUCUGGUCAUGCUGCCUCACUCAGUAUGGCAUCUUGGUAAGUCACAGCAUGUUUCUGUCUCUAACAGUGUGUGUCUACAAGAUCCUUUUGUUAAAGAAGUAAGUGUUGGUUAUUUGUUUGAGGAUCCGACAUGUUGUUUCUUCUUCACUCUGUGUUAUUGGCUUGGAGAGCACGCUGGUCGGUCUCUGACUGUGAAUCCGUUACGGCUGAUGAUGUCAGCAGAGGAGGGGAAGAGACGAGCAGUCAUGAGUCACUUCCCAGCAGAUGAUGAUUAGUAUUAGGAGGAUAUUAAGGAAAAUUGUGAGCAGUCAGAGUCUGUAUCUAUUGCAUAACUUAAUCUCCGUCAGUCUGUCUUUUGUGUCGCAGUUUAAUCUUUUAUAAAUAGAAACCAGUCGAGGUAACUCUUCCUUCGAAGGAAACUCUGCUGACAUUUGUGCUCUUAGCUAACACUGUGAGUGAAAUAAGAACACUUUGUAUUUUAUAAGGAUGGGAUUUUGAGUUAAAGAAAUUUGAAUAAAACAGUAUCUAACUGCUACCUUUGUUAGGGCUGCAAAUAAAAAAAAGGAAAAAAAAUUUUUAUGUUGAAAUUGUGAAAAAGGAGGGUUUGAAACAUGCUCAUCAGGAUAUCUGAAAAUCCAAAGUGACAUCUAUGAAUGCCUUAUUUCUGUACAAACAACAUAAAGUUCCAAAGACUCUUUUGUUUACUAUAAAAUUGUCAAUAAAUCCUUCAAUUUGAGUGAUUUUUCACUUGCCUGAACCGGCAAAAGUCUGACAAACCACAUAAUUAAUCUGACUAAAAUACUUAAAAUUGUUUUCUUAUUUCUCAGUUGAGCGGAUAGUUUUUGUGUAAAAAAUUAUCGAAAAUAGCGCAGUUUACCUCCUAAAGUGUUGCCUUAUCUCUCUUUAUAGCAUGUGCAGUGAAGAAAUCUUCUUUUAGGGAAGAAUUUAAAGAAUAAAAUCAGGAAAUCUUCAAAUUCAAUCAGUUAGUUUUGGAGUUUUGCCUCAGAAAAUAUCUAAAAGGAUUGACUUAAAUUCAAGAUUGAUAAAUAUAUUCUGUAGUCUGAGUUUUCAAGUCGUUAUCACGUUAUUUUGAGAAAACUGAAGAGUGUGAAAGUGAAAUAUUCUGCAUGUGCGUGACAGUGACAAUGAAGUAGCUAAUAACGCAGCAGCACUCUGGACAUGUUUACCUUGAGGACCAGGAUGUCAUGCAAAGUGAAAACACUCGAUCCGUCCAGGCUGAGGAGGACGUGAGUACGUGAGAGAGGUCAGCUUGUGUUCUCAUGAAAACUGAGACCUGCACAGCAGACUCUCCUCUUAGUGCAGCACUUCAAAGAAUAGUUAAUCAGAUUACCUAUAGGGGGCAUAUGUGGACAGGGAUUCAGCUUUUUAUGAGCCCCUCUGUCCCAGUUUAUUUCAGAUUAAGUCUUUGAGCUCUGGAGUUGCCUACGGUGGGUUUUUGGGGGUCUAACAGAGACCUGUUCGACUCUGUCGCCUGUAGAAGCAGGAAGUGUUUUUAGUCUGCUCUGGUGUUUGCAUGAGUCUGACUCUGAACCAGAUUUAAACAAACAAGCACUGGGCUGUUGUGAUUCUGGCUCUGGGUGCUUUGUGCCGACAAACUGGUUGAUGGUUGUAUGAGCUCACCUCUCUCUUUCUGAGCCACACCUGUCUUUUUCAUGCAUGUCAAACAGAUCCUCUAUUUUUAGUCCUGGAUGAUCGUGCACUUGUGCUCAUUCCCAUCUCCACUUUCUCUCCAGUUUCCUCCACCUACUUUGAAUUAGAGCGGCGUUACGGCGAAGCGAGCCACUUUCUCUGUCUCUUUCUUGCGUCUCUAUCCUGCCUGUGUCAUUUCACCGGCCUGCCCUGCAACUGAGUCAGGCUGAAGCGACAGAGCACCGCAGAACAUAUAUCACCCUCCCCUCCCUCUCCCUCCUGCUCUGAAUCAGGGACCUCCCAUUCUCUCCGUCUCUCACUCUCUGACUCUGCUCCACACUCCCUCUCUCCACCCAGUUUCUCCUUGACGGAGAGUCCUACAGCGCUGAGUGCAGAGAGCAGCGCUGCUGACGCAUUUUCCUCUACCUGCCCGUACCUGCAGAAAAAGGCGAGGGGAGAAGAAACAUUUCCUCUCGGCUCCUCUGGAUUUUUCAGGACUCUUCCCUGUUCCCUCUGCUCUCCACAGCGUUGGUUGGCACUCUGCUUUUCUUUAUGGAAUACGAAUGAUCGCAGCAGUUUUCCUUUUGCCACCAGCUGUCCUGCAGCAUUUCACCCCACAGCUUUUUUUGCCAGAAGGUAGCAGCACAGUCUGAGGCUCUGCAGGAGCGAAGCCUCGUUUGAUGGAUGGAUUGUUUAACUUUUAACCCGGGCCUUGUUUUGGAGGAAGCCUAUCAUCAUCGGCUCUUGGAGAUCUGUCAGGUCGGCUGUAAUUGAGACUGAGAUCACACCUGGAGAACUGACACAACUAUCUCAGAGUUGGUUUGAGGACUGUCAAUCUUUCUGUUGGAAAUAGAUAAUUGAGUGUUGUCGCGAACGUAAAUGGCACGUUGAGGAUGUGAUUUAGAUAUACCAGCUCGUGACUUCUCCACCUGAGAAGUUGUUUUGUACUUUGUGUGCUUGGAACCAGAGAAACAUGGCAGAGAAACCUGUUGGUACAUAGCGCAGUAGAUCUUCAGACUGUCAAACAGAGUAUUGUCCUGCAUUACUAACUGCGAGUUCUGCCCUCACAUAACCUUGGAUCGGGGUGCCAAGCGUAUCAUAGCGAGGAUAUCUCAAGUGUAUCGAAAUAGACAAGAAAGCUUCACAAUUCAUGUCAGGCCGGCAGCCUGGAGCCCUGACAGUGAUGACUUGAAACUGAGUCCUGACGGCUCCAGUGGGACUGCACUGCAGACGGGCCAUUUAGGAGAGAAACUAAGGAGAGGCUGUGUCCCGUGUCUGUGCUGCAGUGCUGUAAACAACACAAACAACCUCACAUUGGACUUGCUGAGCUGUGUUGUUGUUGUUCUUCUUUUUGUCACCUUCCUCACUGCUGCUGCAGUAUUGACCCGGCAACAAACAUCAGCAGACACCUAUGACAUUGUCCCUGGACCGCUAACCCUCCAGCAUCACCAGACUCUAAUGAUUCCCCGUCACCGCGGUAAUAAGAGUCACAGCUCAGUUAUCACACUUGUUUCUGACUCAGCUGUUCUCGCCGGUGGUUGUUCGUGAUGGAGUAUUUGGGGGACAAGCUGACUGUGGCCCACUCCCAGGUGCAAGGAUGGGUGGGAAACGUCCGCCGCUCCCUCCACGGGGCGUUCAGUCUCCUGUCCACCAGGGGAGAAGACGGGACCGGGGACUUCAAGAGAACCAGCUCUCUGCGCUCACUGGCGUCCCGCAGCAGGGAGUCUAUCCGCAGGUUCUCACUGCGUAGCCAGCAACGUCUGUCCUUACGCAGACGCACCGCGCCCAACACCCCCACUGCUGUAAGACAACACACACAUUUUAAAGCAAACACAAACACCAGGCGAGCGUCAGGAAUCAGAAGUAUUAUAAAUCCUGACUCUGACUGAGCUGUACGGUUGUUUACUGUAACUGUACGCUCAGCAGCUUAACUUAAACAUCUGCUCAAGUUAAAUAAAGCUCAAGUGGAAUUCAAGUCAUUUUGGAGAAAUGUCCAUACAGCCCGUAGUGUCACCGUGUUAACAGCUGCUCCUCCGUCAACUAUUUGGUCUCCGGCCAAACACGUCAAGAACUUCUCCAUCUGCCUCCCCGCUGCUCCUCAUCCAUCUCUUUCUACGCUUUCAUCGCUUCUCCAUCUUGUCCUUUGCACAGUGUAAACCUCUCUUUGUCUGACUUUGUUUGGCCAAGCUGUUGUUGUACUGGUUCUUCAGGUCAUCGCGUCGCUCGCGGUUUGUGAUUUUAGACACGAGUGACACAAAUAGUAACCGGGAUGCCACAAGGUGUUAUAUUGUUUGUGUUGCUUAAGACUUAAAGGAAACAGAAGUUUGAGUGUUUGUCUGUCUAAGAGUCACCCGCAGCCUGACACUGUAAGGGACACAUUUAGAAAUCCAUGCAGGGAUAUAUGGAUACAUUACAGCGGAGUUGUUCCUAUCUUUAGGUUACGCCUGUUUGCUGAACUGCUGUGCUACACCUCAUGAGUCACAGUUUCUAAAGAUAAGAGCUGUUUUCAUGGCGUCAGUUCGGUGGUCUGUUGUGUUGACAUCAUGGUUAAAGGUCUGAACAUCACGCACUGUGAUGGAGGUUCUGACUGGGCCGAUGUUGAGUGGACGAAUGACAUUCAGGAAACAUUAACGGUUGAUGCAGAUCAGCUGUUUUUAGUAGCCUGUAAAUGUCUGAAGGGAAACUCAAGAAAUUGGGACUUCUGACUUGCAAAAUUACGGAAAUGAUAAAAAACAAACCGGCCUGGUCUCAUCUUAUCAGGGAUGGUUAGCUGAUUUCAAAGGAAAGGAAGGAUGGUGCUUCUUUCUGGUCCAAUUUAAGCCUCAAUAUUUCAUUUUGUGUUUUAUUUGGGUUCAGCAGCCUGGCCGGACUUGCUUCAGAAACGGAGGAGAGGGUAAACUAAAGAGUGACUCACAAUCAAGACGUGUAAAAGCAAAAAGAGUCCUCAAAAAUACUGAGAUCUGAUUUGUAAUAACAGAGCUGUGACGUUCUUGAUAUUUUGAAUGUGUGUGUCUGGGAGUUUGUUGUUACUGGGGGUGGGAAUCACUAGUGGCCCCACGAUACGAGAUUAUCACGAUACUUGGGCCACGAGAUUAUCACGAUACUUGGGCCACGAUAUUAUUGCGAUUCUUGGGCCGCGAUACGAUAAUAUUUCGAUACUCCGGCCACAUUGCAAUAUUAUCACUAUGCUUGGGCCACGAUAGGAUAUUAUCGCGAUACUUGGGCCACAAAUGCGAUAUUAUCAUGAUACAUGGGCCAUGAUACGAUAUUUUCACGAUACUUGGGAUAGGUUAUUAUCGCGAUACUUGGGCCACGAUACAACAUUAUAGCUAUUUUUAACAUUUUGCACUACAGUGAGUAUUGUGAUACAAUAUAUUGGGAUUUAUCUAUUUUUUUCAACUAUAAAGCCAGUUUAUCAUUUGGCACUCUUGCUGUAUCACCUCUAGUUAUUACAAAUUCACACUACUUUCUUGAUCUCUUUAUUAGGAGCAAUUGCUUUAAGCAGCUUGCACGUUAAAAGACAACAGAAAAGACAGUUACAUAUGGAUAAAGUAUGAGAGCAAGAAUAUAGAUUAGAGUCGAUAAUUGAAUUAUUCCCUGUGAGAACUUUUGAUUUGCAUCGAUUUGGCAGACCAAGCAGCCUCUCUAUGGCAGACUCUUGAUAUAUCACUUAUCAAGAGUCUGCUAUAGAGAAUGUAAAAAAAAUCAACAGCAAAAGUAACUUCACUAGAGAUAAUCUUUUUCUCUUUUUUAAGUCCUAAAGAGGCGUCAUCAUUAGUUUCAGUUGUAUGAUAGAUGAACACCCUUUAUAGGAGCUUUAACUUAGCAGUCUCACACGGUUAUACAAACACUUAUUUCUUAGAAACCCUGAGUCAUAAAUGAUUUAGUGAUCUUUCAACUUUCCAUCUCUAUAGGUUGUGUUACAUCACCAAUUCACAGGUCGGUAUUCAUGAGUCUGUAACGUCUCACCGUGAACAUAAACGUCCCAAAGGCAUCCCGCCUCUUUGCUGGCUUCAGUGGUAGUAGGGCAGUAUUAGUGCUGUGUGUGUCACAGUGACACAGUGGGACAGCGGUCUAAUACUGCAGCUGUGAUAUCAAUAUUGAAGCACAGAGGCGUCACAGUGGCGUAGCGUCAUUACAGCACAACAACUGUGUUAGCAAUCUGACUCGAUUUAAACGAUGAAAACAUGACCGAAAAUAUCCACCAGGAGGUAAAACUACCUUUGACAUGACUGAAAACUACCAGAUAAAACAAUGAUAUACAAAUGUAGAUACCAGACAGUGUUUUAGAAUUAAAGGUAGGUUUAUUUAUGACUGUGAGACAAUUUAUGCGUCAUAUUAAGGACCUUUGACCCAGUGACAAAAAUAUGAGUAACAGGGUAACGGUGGUGUUUUUUUCACCCUGGACCACAGAGCUUCAAACAAGCAUCAAGUCGAUCUGCUCAAAGUCAAGCCCACUGUUGUCUGAGUUGAACUCUUAAGGCGAGUCAGGUUUUUGACAUUCUUUCUUUGUCCUUACUUGCUGCCUGUAUGAGGCACUUAUGUAAUGAAAGAAUAACACGGCACUGUUGGGUUUGCCGGCCAGAGUUCGUCUUAAUCUAAGCCCCCUGACAUGCGGCCAGUAUACCCAUUUGUUGACAUGAGAUUAGCGCUCUCGGGAGCAGUUGUUUUGAAUAUCUGCAGGAUAUUGAUAUUGAUUACUGCUGUGUACACAAGUGCACAGAGAGCAUAUUUUCCCACUCCACCCCUGGUCAGAUUGAUCCGAGCAGAUGAGAAGUGAAUGAAGAGUGUUGCUGCACUGAAAGGAUAACGCUGUGAGUGAAUAUGUUUUCACGGCUUAUAAUAAGCUCUCUGCAUUUGAUCCCAUUUUCAAUAACCUGGAUGAGCUCAUGGCACCAUCCUGAGCGCUGAAACAUACACACACAUUCUUUCACACUUCUGUAACGGGGUUAUAAGCUCCUGUCUUGGAUGCUGUGCUCAUAUGAAUAAACUUUUUAUAUCCGCAGUAGCUGCUCCGUCUGUGUGCCUGGCUCUGAUGUAAGACCAUAUGUUAGACGCUUUAUAGAAAAGCCCGUCUGCUAUGUGAACAAUGCAAUUAGUCACUUUCUCUUCAACUGAGGAGAUUUCAGCGAACCGCAGGCCGCUAUUUCUCCACCCUGUGAGUAACUCUGCGAUCACUGCGCGUUAUCAAGUCCAAGUUUCCAGGACCUUAUCCCUGCCCCUUCCUCCUCAGAUUGUCACUCAGCCCUUUCUCUCCUUCAUCCUUCCAUUCAUCCGCUCUUUGUUAUGUUGUUUCCCCCCCUCGACACACCCUUCCUGUCUCGAGCGAGCUGGCUAUUGCUAACGUUAUUAAGGAAAAGCCUUCCUCCUGACAGCAAUAAAUCAAUGCGGCUGGACCUGUUGGUUCACAGACCUCCUUCUCUGACCAUAUUCCCCGUGUGUGUGGUCGAUAGUAGACCGUCCAUUUAGCAGAGCAGUUAAACCGCUGUAAUGCUUUAAGAUUUUCUUCUAUUAUCGAUCUUCUUUCAUCAACUUUUCUACCCUGGUGUUGUUCAAAGGCUGCACCUAAAAGUGUAAAGUGAAGUGAAUGAGCUCUCUCUUUUUCUCUCUCUUUCUCUCUCCUCUUUGGUCUGCCGUCUUUUCUGUCUUUAAGCCGCCGUAUAAUGGUGCCUCUCCUCGACAUGUUUCAGCAGAGUUACAGCUCGCCCUGUAUGCUGAUCAGCUGAGGGUGUGUUCUGGGUGUGUUUAAGUUUGAGUGACACCUGCGCUCACGUACAAUAGAGAUUUUUAUGACCUGAAUUUAUCAAAGUCAGGUUCUGAGAUUCGUUGGCGGUUCGUCAACAACAGCGAUAGCGGUGUGUAUCAACAGGUAUGAGAGAGAGGGAGAGGGAUGGUUUCAUAACGUCACUAUUCUGAGGGUUUUCCAAACUUACCUGUAAACCUCACAAACACAAACUGACAGAAAUAACAAGUUUUGUCAUGACCCACAAUUAGGAGGUGCCCAGGACCUUCAUGUUGGCGUUCUCAUCUACAAAACUCUGCUACCUGUUCAUACAUGGCGUUAAGUAAUUCAUGAAAACAAACCUUUUCUUUUUAAAGUCAUACUUAGUGGUUUUAAGCAAGUAUUUUUGUUUUUCUGAUACUUCUGAUCUCAGAGAUUCUUUUGAGUCCUAAAUUUCAGGCGUACUGAGGUGUCUUGAGCGCUGUAAUAAAAGGCCCUCAUGUAUAAUGCAUUAACUUCUUGGCUGUAAUCCAUCGUACAUAUUAUGAGAGAGGAGAUCAUCUUGGCUUUUGUAGAAUAGAUUUACUAUUAAUAAAGUAAUUCUCGUAAAUGAUUCAACUCACUUUUGACUCUGUAGACGAAGUGUUUCUAUGAUGAACUCGCUGAUUGACACAAAAGUGAGAUUUUUGAGUUUGAUUGUCUGUAACCGCUCUAUGAUUCUUAUUGUGCUGCACAUAGACAUAAACAAAGUUAUAUACAGAGUUACCCUGCCGUCGUAAACAGCAGCUGGGGAGUGAGACGGCUUCAAUUUUACUAUCUUUGCCGAGCGAGGCAGAUGCAAAACAGCAACUGAAGAAAAAAAACAAGUUAAACGAAAUAUAAGUAACAUGGCGGCAGCUAAUGCAACACUGCAAGUCCUGGCGUAGAGCGGCAUGUUAAAGCUGAUAGCUAAAUAAGAGACUGUAAGUAAAGGUGCGAUUAAUUAUCCUGAUUUGUUAAUGAUCUGUUUAAAUAGUCAGAAGCAUCUUCUGUACUUUGACUAAAUGGAAGUUUAAGGUUCUUCUUGUCUCUACUUUAUCAAGUUACGCCUUAGUUUGGAGUGUUUUGAGGGUUUUUUCAUCGCCGUCAGUCAAACGGGGCUCCUUCAAGUGUGUGUAUUUAAGGGUAAGUGGUGUGACCCUGUGAUGUCGAGUUGAAAAGUGGGAGUUCUGUAAAUCCUUGAGAUGAGAAUAAACUCGAGAACAAGUGCUUUGUCAGAUAGAGGGAGGGCCGCUCUCACUGUCCUCUGUUGUCGUUUUCCCUUCAGGAAAGCUUUUCCUGAUGAAUGACAUCCUGUGCUGUUUUUUUUUCCUUUAUGCUCUCUCUCUCUCUCCCUCUCUCUCUGUCUCUCUCGCUCCCUACUGUCUUCCUCCAGAUUUACACCUCACCUGACCUCUUUCCAUCCUGCUCUCUCUCUCCUUCGCUCUUUUUCUCGUCCUCCUGUCGUUUCUCCGCUCUCUCACUCACAAAGAAAACAAGGACAGCUUUCACAGACCUCUGAGAACGAGCGCUCUGAUCUGAUGUCGCCGCUCAUAUAAACAUCACAAGUGAACCCGGACGAUUACAGAGCCGGGCAGGUGUAUCACGUUUCUGUGUCCACCCCUCAGGCUCCAUCAGAGGACAGGAGGACCUUCUAUUGUUUUUUUUCUUCUUCUUCUAUAUAGGCCAGGGUUGUCGGUUCAUGCGCAGACGGGCCUGUGUGGCUUUGAGACAGUAUGUCCUCUGUAACAGCCUCAUUAAAAGAGACAUGGUUCAGUAGACAGCAAACACACACACACCCAUCUCUGUCUUUGUCCCCACUCUCCAUUAACUCAUCCCCUCACCUUUCAUUCUCCCUCUGACUGUAGAGUGGCAGUCAGGCUGCUCAGAUCAGGAUGGAUCUCUCUGACUGAGUCACCUACUACUGAACUCUGUCCAUGAUGAUGAUGCCGGUUCACAAUAACACUACGAUCCCGCCCCGACAAUAAAACCUUUAAUGGACCGUUAAAAAAAAUCUGAAUGAAACUUUAACUGUUACUUUCUGUUCCUCGUUCAUUGACGAUUUUAUCUCUCUGUGUCGCUUCCAGGAGCAGCAGAAGCAAGCUGUCGGCGGCGAAGAGGAGGGGAAAGACUCAGAGACGCCGGUCCACGAGACUGACAGUCAAUACGGGACCUGGGAGACAGGACUGCGCACCGACGACAGGUAAAUAUCCGGAUCACAGCCUCUGAUAUCAAGAGACGUGUGUUUCGUUUUCAAGAUUCAAGAUUCAAGAUGGACUUUAUUGUCCUUUGCAGGAAAUUUGUCUUCGACAGUAGAGCUACAUUUUCUGCAGUACAUCAAAUACACAUAGAAUAACACAUACACACAAAAAAAGACAGAUAUAAUAGUGGUCACAUGUUCACAGUGUGUACUAUAGCGCGCAGUACAGGAGAUUAUGAUCACACAGUACCUAUAAGCAUCAAUAAUGGUAAAAAAGUGUAUAAGUGCUUUCCAGAACCAGGACAAAUCAGAACUGAGUAAAAUCAAAAUAACUACAGCAGGAGAAGCUGAUAAAAGAAUCUGAAAAAGUAGGACUUUAUGAACAAGAUAAAAACACAGAAGAGGAAUAAUAAAUAAAGGAAAAAGAUAAAACCAUUAAAAAAAGAGACUUUUAAAAAAGUGAGACUCCAAGUAAGCGGGCCGGAGUGACGGGUUGUACAACGCUGUGUCCAAAGAGAUGAUUUGUGCCGAGAUGUGUCAAAGAAUAAAGGUCCACUUUUCCAUCUACGGCAUAUUUUUCUAUCUCUUUAUUGAUCUAAACUGUGAGGAAAAUAAGUAAAAUAUUAAACCUGUUAGAGGCAGGAGCAAAAUGAUCAGACAUCAUGGAGUAAAGAAGAAGAAACAAAGAGACUAACAGGGUUUCUGCUGGGUCUUAAAGAGUCUUAAAAUGUCUAAAAAAUCUCUUAAAACCUCAUAAAAUGUCUUAAAUACAAAUUUGAAAGGUCUUAAAAUGUAUUGCUGAUACUUGCAAAUAAAGAUUGAUUAUUUGUUUUGAUUUCCCUUCAUGUCUUUUGUACUUUUUUGCCAGGAUGGAUGUAAAAUGGAUCUUAAAUUGUUUUCAUUAUGGUCUUUAAAGGUCUUAAAUUUGACUUGUUGAAACCUGCAGAAACUUUAGACCAAAGUGUUGUUGUCGCAUACACCGUCACAGCUCUGAGUACGUAAGAAUUAUUUAAAUACGAGGCGCUGAAAAGUCCCAAAUUAAACACGCUUUAAUCCUGCUCACAGCUAUUGUUUGUCUGUUUCAAUGGAGAGUCUUCUGCUCCACAGUUAACAAGUGUUCGAUAAACUCACGACUUCUUUUUCGUGUAAAUCCAUAACUAUUUAAACAAACUCCAGAUCUGCACAGUAAGACCACAGGGAGGGUCUGUCAGUGACCCCCUGUGGUCAGACACACAACUGACAAACACUGACAGGGAUGGAUGGGACUAAAAUUUAACAGUCACGUCCAUUUGUAGUCCGGUUCAUAGGUAUGUUGUUUGUGGUCGUCACGGUGACAAAUGAGGCGUUCAGUUUGUCUGUCUUGUAAAUCACGUCUUCCCACAGUCUCAACAAAAACAAAAGGAGAUUAUAACUCAGACGUAACCGCGCUGUUUUUCCUGAGGAGCUGUUUCUUAAUCUCUCUCUCUCCUUGUUUUUCAGUCUCACUCCAGCGACGCCCAGUUCAGAGAGCAACCUCAGCCCUUCACCCAGGAAGCCCACUCCCCCUGACACACCAGGGGACUCCUCUUUACUGUUUGAUACUGACACUGUGGACAGCCUCCCGCCCUCGUCCUCCUCUGAGAGCCAGUCAUUUUCUUUCCCAGAUGUAAGUGUUGACUAACUGAGCGUCAUGAACUCUUUAUCACCUCUGCCCUCAUUUCUACAUGUUUCUUCUCCUUGUAUGUGACUGUCCAGGCCCAGAUCUCUCUGCUGGACACGAGCGCUCUCCGCUCCAGAGCUCAGCUGGGGAAGAAACGAGCCCCUCGGACCCGCCCUUCCAGAGCAGCCCUUCAGACCGCCGUGCAGGAAGAGGACUGGCUGUUCCGAGACUCCACAGGUAAGCACUGAAGACAGAACCUGUGAAAACCUCGUGAUCAGAUGAUCCUCCAAUGUGCAGCUGAACUCGAUGACAGUUCUUCUCAAGUGACAGUAAUGUGUGUGUCUCCCUGCGACAGAGCCAAAGGUUGAGGCGAAGGACGAUGACUCAGACUCUGAGGAGCCGACCAGAGGAGCUGACGCCGCCUCUGCUGUCGCCUCUCAGCCUCAGAGGGUCGCCUUGUUCCCCGGGAUGGACCCUUCAGCUUUAAAGGUGAGCCCCCGGUGUUUGCACGUCUAAAAACACGUUUGAACAAGCCGAGUGUUUGAAUCUAAAUCUAAAUAUGUCCUGUUGCUGUCGUCAGGCCCAGCUGAAGAAGAGAGGCGACUCUGACAAUCAAACAGAUGGACCUGCUCCCUCUCCUUCUCAGCUCUCUCGCUCUCCUAAAUCCCCCUUCCUCCCCAGGGCUGCGCGUGUACUGCCCCCUCCUGGUGGCAAAGAAAAUGGGUGAGUGUGCAAAAUAAGACCUGAUAUGUCUAUACUUCCUUCAUAUUUAUUUAUCCCACAUAUAAAACAUAACACAGCAGUAUUACCAGAAGACCAUCGAGAUCUGGUUUCUUUGAUUGGCAUGUUUUUCUUAGUAUUCACACCGAGUAAAACUAAUACAGGAGGGAACGCCAUCACAAGAUUAUACUUGUGAAAAACUUGUUUAAACUUUAAAGCUCUAGUUUUGAAAACAUUCAAAAUAAUAUUUCAUUUCAGUUUUAAGAUUUCAGAGAGAGAGCAGAUGGAGUGUUUAUUCACUAAUGAAAAUUCUGAUUCUGAGUGUCCAACAACGACCUCUUUUCUGUGACAAAAACAAGACAAUGUUGUUCUACAAAUGCAUCUCUGAUCAUGUGAAUUAAGAUGAAAAUGAUUCUUGUUCUCAUGGGAACGAUAAUCAGACGUAGAUGUUUGAGGAGGACUUUUAGACGGACCGACUUUAACCACAUUAUCUUGGGAGGUUUUUUUGCAGCUAUUGCCGUUGAAUGCAACAGUAAAAAAAGCUUGUUUCAUCCUUAUUUUAUUGGGUGUUUCAUAGUUUUAAUUCACUCUAAAACCUCAAAGAAGAUGAUUCAGGGUCUGCCCAGCAUGCCUGUCUAGGGGCCUGUCUUAGAGCUGACUCUGAUUGGCUGAAUCACUUGAGGACAGAAAAGACUUGGACUUAAACGUCCUGUAUGCAACUUUUAACUACAUUUGAAAAAAUCUCUUGUUUCUGCUGAUGUCUCCCCGUCACCUGCAACAGUGAAUGAGUCCAUCUGUGUGAGGAUAAACUAUUUCUAAAAAGUGAAAACUGGGACAACGGAAGCUAGUGGUCGGGUCCAGACUGCAAAUGAAACGAUUUAUGGCACUCAGACCAGAGAGGACACACGAAUUUUUCUCUUUAUUUUGCACUGAAAACGCACAUAUUACUGUCAGCACACAAACUGUGACAACGUCUUGCAGCAGGAGACUCGAAGCCACGAAGCUCCUCCACGCCAUAGACAGACAGGCAGAGCAGCUCUGUAUCACUAACCUCAGUCGUCCUGCUGCUCCACCUCUGUCUCACAGUCACCUCCCAUUUUAAAUACAUUUACAAAGUAAGUUUCCUCAAACUGCUCACAAAAAAAGUUAGUUUCUGUAGCCCUGAUGUGUGAGCCAGACAAGUGUCUUUUUGACGAUACGCGCUAAAACACUCCCGCUUUUGUCCAAAGUGGCUGUAAAAUCAAAAACUCCUUCCAGCUGCUUUAAAGUAAUGACUUUUAUUGAGGAAAACUAAAUUAAUUUCUGCAAAGUGACUAAAACUACAAGAUAUUUUUAAUCUUCAACUGUCUGCCUGUCAUCUUCACAGAGAGGAGGACUCACCCCAGUGGUUAAAAGAGCUGAAGUCCAAGAAACGUUUGAGUCAAUAUGAAAAUGAAAGCUAA